UUCAACCUGACAACACGAUGUUUGGGAAAUUGGGUGAGACGUUAUGGAUUUGUGUUUACUGUUUGGGGAAUACGAGGCAUAGUUUCAAGGAAUGUGUUAAAGCACUCGAGGAAAACUGUAAUAAGGCUGAUCUGAGCACAACAGCUGAGCGACGCUGAACUCCUUAUUAGUGUUUAAAAUGAUAUCGUUAUGAAGCGGAGGAGGAAACGCGACUUGUUGUCCACUUUAAUGAGCUCUGCAUAAAUAUUUGGAGGCUGGCUGAGAGUCCGCGCUGCUGCUCGGAGGGUCGAGGAACUCGGAUGGCAGAUCUGUGACUGCACUGCAGCACAUUUGUGUCAGAACUGAGGUUAAUCAGAUAACAUAGAGGAAAAGAGAUGAUAUUAGGACUGUAAAUAAGCACUCUGAUAGUGCUGGAGGUUUCCGUUUGCUUCUCUGUGCCUGCUGCAGUGUCUUCACUAACGGUAAUGCUGGGAGGAAGAUGAAGUUAAAACCCAUGUGGUGGUAACUGAAGCUGGGCUCAUCUUCUCUAAUGUGUCAUUACAUCCCACAUCUGAUGACGUCAGGAUGGAGGCUGCAUGUAAACUGCUGUGGAUGGACUGAUGGACGGGCGGACAGCGGCGAGUUGAGCAGCUCCAACAUCCCCGGAAACAUGGAACAGACGCCUACUUUGCUCCGCCUCUCCGUCAACACCUCCCAUGUGCCUUUGCUCUCACCAUCAUAUCCAUACAGCACCGCUCAGCUGGUCCUCGUUGCCAUGGUUACCACCUCCCUCAGCAUCCUCACCGUUCUCGGCAACACUUUGGUGAUCCUGUCCAUCAAAGUGAACCGUCACCUGCAGAUGGUCAACAACUACUUCCUGCUGAGCCUGGCGGUGGCCGACCUGAUCAUCGGCCUGUUCUCCAUGAACGUGUACACGCUGUAUAAGCUGCAGGGCCGCUGGCUGCUGGGCCCCGUGCUAUGUGACACGUGGCUCGUCCUUGACUAUGUGGUGAGCAGCGCCUCGAUCAUGAACCUGCUGCUCAUCAGUCUGGAUCGAUACUUCUGCCUGACGCGACCGCUCAGCUACCCAGUGCGGCGAACGGGCAGGAUGGCGUGCCUGAUGAUUGCUGCCGCUUGGCUGCUUUCUUUCAUCCUCUGGGCCCCCGCCAUCCUGUCCUGGCAGACAGAUAAGGGCGGGCGCGUCGUCCCUGACGAUCAGUGUUACAUCCGUCUACUUGUUAGCCCUGCUGUUACUAUGGGGACGACUCUUCCCUCCUUUUACCUGCCAGCAAUCAUCGUGAUCGGCCUGUACAGCCGCCUGUCAGUCGCCAGCUACGGCCGAAUGAGUGUGCUCAUGCCAAACCAGGGUGCUCUCAGGGCUUCCAGUCCCUCCUUAAAAGACUUCCUGCUGAGGCGGCGAGGCGUAGGGACCAGUGACCCCUGCUCAGACCUGACCCCGAACCAGCUCCAGUCCUGCACGCCAAAGACCAGAAGGAAGAAGAAGACGUGCAGAAGUCCAGAUGAUACAGGGCAGGCAGAGAGUCGCUGGAGACACUGGAAGCAUCCCUCUCAAACGGCUGUCAAACCCACUGGAGACGAAGACCACAACAAGACUGAAUCUGAAGACUCAUCCAACGCUGACCUCCACAGGGCGGCCUCGGCAGUCUUCUCCUCCUGCCCCGACAUCAGCUCACAUGAGAGGAGGCGGCAGCGAGUGAUGGCGAGGGAGAGGAGGGUCACGAGGACCAUCCUAGCCAUCAUCCUGGUAUUCAUCCUCACCUGGACGCCGUACAAUGUUAUGGCCGUUGUUGCUGCCUUCUGCCAUUGCCGCAUCCCUGACGCCCUGUGGACCACAGGAUACUGGCUGUGCUACGUGAACAGCACUGUCAACCCUGGCUGUUAUGCCCUGUGCAACAUCACCUUCAGAAAAACCUUCUGCAGCCUCCUGCGCUGCCGCUGCAGGCGGCUAUAACAGCACUGGUGUUUUUUUGUUUUGUUUUCGGCUGCUGGCUUUUUGCUUUUUUUUCAUGGAGUUUGGUCCUAUCGCAGGUUUCCAUCUAAAUGUAGAAGAAGUUUUAAGACGGGCAAAAACAAAUGCAAACAAAAGGUUGUUUCCAUCCCUGCAGCUCAUUGGUUGGUCUGAUAAACAGCCAGUGGUGCAAAAUGUCCUUAAAUCACAGCAGAUAAUACCAUGUCUCCAUUUCCAGCUCAGAUUACAUGGCCUCCUAUCACAUUUUGGGCUGUAAAUGUUUGAUGUUUAUGUAGUUAAUUAAUCCAUCUACUUCCUGCUGCUUCUCUAUGCUGUGUUUAAUGAGCAGUGACUGAUGUAACAGGGCAUAAAUGCUGUCAAGGCUGCAGCUACUGUUCAUUUUUAUUAUUAAGAAAGUGUUUGGUAGAUGCAGCACAAUAAAGGAAAUAAAACUG